AUGGCGGCAACCGAGUUUUCCGGCAGCGCAGAUGCGUCUCUGGCCCUUGACGCGCCUUCAACGUACUCUUCUGACGCGUUGGCGGCUGCCUCCAGCCCUGCGGCUGGUCUUUCGGCGCUGUGGCCUAUCGGCCUUUGCGUGAUUGUUUUCGGCAGCUUCGCAGGGGCGGCCGGCGACAUUUUGAUUCGCCGUUCUUUUCUGCGCAUGCAGGCUUGCCCGUCGAUCCGUCACGUGAUCCGAGACCGCGGAUGGGUAUGGGGGAUGAUUCUGACCGCUGCGAUGGAUCCACUGAGCACGUUUGUGGCGUUGCUCUUUGCGCCCGCGACGCUCGUGGCGCCGUUCGCCGGCAUGCAUAUAUUCUGGGGCUGUCUCUUGGCGGUGGCGUGGCUGAAGGAGCGCAUGUUUGUCUUGGACGUGGCGGGCGCGGCGCUGAUCAUUGCGGGCAUCACGCUGAUUGUGAUUUUUUCGGGGAAGGAGCAGGUGAUUGGCACCGUCGCCGCCUUCGGGCACUACCUGCAGUUCCCCGGGGCGAUCACGUACAUCUGCGUCUUCGUGGUGCUGGCGACCCUCUCCUGUGUAUUCUCCUCCGACCACGUCCUCGCGCGAGUCUUGCCGCCGGCGCGACACCCGCGACUCAGCGCCCUCGUCCAGCGCUUCGCAGUCUCCUGCGCCUCGGGGAUCGUGGGAGGUGCGACCAAUAUUGGCGCCAAGGCGCUGGUCGUCGUCUUGACGGAGUUCCUCGCGGCGCCCAAGGCCGCUCUGGCCUCCUGGUCGACCUACGUGAUUGCCUUCCUCGCCGCCGCCUUCGGCUUGUUUCAGCUGUACUAUCUGAACGCCGCGCUGCACCGCUUCGAGGCAUCCUAUGUGGUGCCGAUGAUCAACUCCGUCUUGAUCGUCUCCGGGUCAGUGGGCGGCAUCCUCGUCCUGCAGGAGCACCCCGACAACUGGACGGCGUUCUUCGGGGGCCUCGCGCUCGUCGUCGCGGGCGUCUUCGUCCUCUCCAGCCGACAGGCCGCAGGCAGCCUCCCCGGGGCAGCCCCCCGCGCCGCGGUCGCCGCAGGCGAACUCGUGCGCCUCGCCAGCUUCAUCUCUUUCGGGGACGGCAACCCCGGCCGCGAGGCCUUCGGCGGAGCCAAGCCGGGGGGGGAAGGCGACUCCACGCAGGAGGAGAGCCCAGAGGGCGCGGAGAAGGACGCGUCGCUGGCUGCAGCUGCAGCCAGCGACGCGAAGGAACGCGGGAUCGACUCCGGGCAGCGGAGCUCGACCCUCGACACCGAGGCCGCAGACAUGUGCGAUGAAAUCGACAGCAAAUUCGGCGGCGUUAGAGGAGGAGAGACGCCGCCACUCAGCGUCUGUGGAGAGAGGAAGCAAGUCGACGGACGGGGGCCUCGCGGGAAAGCACUGCCCGCGGCGCCGAGCAGCGCGGACAUCGAGGCUGCGGCUUCAGAAAGGGGGGGGGUCGAGGAAGACGAAGAAAAGGGAUUCAGCCCGCGUGAGGGCAAGAGACUUGACAGCGAAGAGACACCCGUUGCCGCGGCGCUCUGCAGAGAGCAGCCCCUCGUUCGAGUGGCCGUCGCGGCCUCGUCAUCAGAAGACGAAUGCGCUGAGGAAGGCAGGCGAGAGUCCGCCGCGCGAGACGCAUGCGGCCUUCGGGAAGGCGAAAAGCUGACAGACAACCGACGCUACAUCAUCUUUCCGCGCGCGUGUCUUCGAGCACUGCCGCGGUCAAGACUCGCUGCGGUUGGGCAGAAUGGGAGUGAAGCGGAGGAAGUGGUGACUCAAGCCGCUGAGGCGCCGCGACACUCCAGCGAGCGGAAGUCCCGCCCCGAGAAAUUCUGCAGAGUCCGCGCGCCGGCGUCGCCCCUUAUGCGACCUCGCCGGAGCCAUUUCCGGCACACCCUCUCCACAAUUCGCGGAGGCGCGCAAGCUCUUUUGGAGAGAGAAAAAGCGAUGUGCGCCGCGCGUCAUAUUGGCUGCUUCGGCGGAGACGCCGGCGGCGUUCCGCACUCGCUGUUGCGUCGGGGGGGGAGGGGUGCUCUGACGGGCGAGGAACCUAGUCCUUAG